GGUUUUUCUCCUUUCACCAAUUCUAGGCUUUAUCAUUCGUCAUUCAAUAAAAUAAAUUCGCCUAACAGUUAUACUGAACCCAUUGUUGGACGUUGGUUGCUUUUAUCUUCCGGGUUAGUUUUUGGUAUAGUCGUAGUGGGAGGUCUCACCAGAUUAACUGAAAGCGGGCUUUCCAUUGUUGAAUGGAAACCAAUAACUGGUAUUAUUCCUCCGAUAACACCUCCCCAAUGGGAAGAGGAGUUUGAAAAAUACAAGCAAUUCCCAGAGUACAAAUUAUUGAAUUAUCAAAUGUCAUUAUCGGACUUUAAAUACAUAUACUUUAUGGAAUGGUUGCACCGAAUAUGGGGACGAUUGAUCGGACUGGUUGUUGUUUUACCAGCAGCAUAUUUUGGAUUUCGUGGGUACAUGUCAAGACCUACAAUUAAAAAGGUCGUAGGCUUAGUUGGAUUACUUGGAUUCCAGGGUGUGUUAGGAUGGUAUAUGGUUAAAUCUGGAUUAUCUGAAGAAUUAAUGUCAACACCGGGUGCCGUUCCUCGCGUUAGUCAUUAUCGGCUAGCAGCACAUUUGGGCAGUGCUUUUAUCCUUUACUCAGGGAUGUUUCUGACUGGCCUACAAAUUUUGCGAGAUUCAAAGAUAGCCUAUGAUACUUUUCCUAAGGAAAUAGCAAAAAUUCUUGCAAACCCUUCUUUAAAUAGAUUUCGUCGUUUAGCUAUUUGCACAGCAGUGUUAAUAUUUUUGACCUCCAUGUCUGGUGCUUUGGUGGCUGGCCUGGAUGCAGGACUAAUUUAUAACGAAUUUCCAUAUAUGGGAAAAAAUAUAAUCCCCCCUAAGUCUGAGCUAUUUUCUAAAUCAUACACAAAGUUUGGUGAACGUGAUUUAUGGAGAAAUUUCUUUGAUAAUCCAACAACUGUACAAUUCGACCAUCGAGUGUUGGCCAUGACAACACUAUGUGCGAUAACAGCAUUGUGGUUAUAUUCUCGUCGACUUACACUUCCUCCCAAAGCUCGUUUGGCAAUUAAUUUUGUUCUCGGAGUAAGCUACGUACAGGCAACCUUAGGAAUUAGUACCUUAAUUUAUAUGAUUCCUAUUCCAUUAGCAUCUGCACAUCAAGCGGGUAGCUUAACACUUUUAACUACUGCGUUAUAUUUGGAACCAGAAGAUUUAUUUGAAACAAUUUCACAAGCAUUAUUAAAUGCAGUCGAUAGAGAUUGUCUAAGUGGUUGGGGUGCUGUUGUUCAUAUUAUAACUCCCGAGAAGGUGAUCACUCGUAAUCUUAAAGCCCGCAUGGACUAG